CACGAGGGGGUAUAAAGGAGGGCGGCGGAAGGUUGGCUGUACAGAGUCCAAGAGAAGGGCAAGCGGCACCAUGAGGCCAGCACUACCAGUACUACUGCUCUUAGGCUGGAUAGCUUCUAGCGGAGCGACCUGGCCGAGAGCGCGGACUAGGGACGAAUGUCCACAACUCAGCUGUCCAUCUGUUUUAAUUCCACCAGAGUGCCGCCAAACCGAUUACACCGUCGUCAACGGAAGGAGGUGCCCGGCCUGUGACAUAGAUAUCUGCCAACGAGAUGGCAGGAGCAGAGGAAGGACCGGAGGAAGGGAUAACAACAGAGAUAACGGUCGCAACCGAUGGGAUAGAAACCGCGGUGGUAGCGGCGGUAACUGGGAUAACAACCGUGGCAACAAUCGCGAAAGAUGGGAUAACAACCGCGGUGGUAGCUGGGAUAAUAACCUUGGCAACAACCGUGAUGGAUUGGAUAACAACCGCGGUGGUAGCAGAAAUAACUGGGAUGACAACCGCGGUGGCAACUUUAAUAACAACCGCGGUGGUAGCGGUGGGAACUGGGAUAACAACCGCGGUGGUAGAGGUGGCAACUGGAAUAAUAACCGAGGAAGUAGCGGAGGUAACUGGGAUGAUAACAACAGUCUAAUUUGGAACAACAACCGCGGAAGGAAUGUAGAUCGUAACAGUCAGUGGGAUUCAAACCGCAGCGGAAGAAAUACCGAUACAUCAAGAAGCGGUAGUAUAACCUUCGACAGAACCAGGGGAGGGGUUUCCUGGGAUACCGACCGUAACAGGAACCGUUGGGACAACAGUAGAGGCGCAUCCACGGACAGAAGUAGGUCACGCUUUAACGACAGACAGGGAGGGGGCAACUGGGACAACAACAGAGGAAACUCGGGAGGUUCCGGUGACCGCUGGAAUGAUAACCGAGGAUCCAGCGGAGGCCGCUUCGACUCCAACAGUAACGACUUCCGACAGGGCGGCAGCCGGUCUGGUGGGCCAACGGACACACCCCCAUCCAGCUGGAAUGACCGUGCCAGAUUUUGAUUAUUACAAUUUAAUAUAUUUUACAAUCUUUUAAAUAUCAUAUUUUUCAUAUUUUGUAAUGCAUUGAUGUGUUAGAGAUGAUAUAUUAGAGAUGUCGUAAGUGUGCAAUUGAUUUUUUUUCAGAGUCAUGUUUAUUAAAUAUAUAUUGCAAGCUCUAUAA